CGGACCAGAAACCCCGCUUUUGUUCCUGUGGCAGCAGUUAAGAGCUUAAGCAUAGAAACAUGAACACUGGAGAGAAUCAAGCGAUAAUGCAUUGCAAUCAGGUCAUCAUGCUCCGCUUUGCUUGGCUUUUGAUGAUAGCCACUAGUGGUCGGGCCAAUGAAGGUAGUCGAGAGCGAUUGAACAAUCCACCAUGCCGCUUUGGACCGACUUACAAGGAAGGGGAUAUCAUUCGCAUUCCUUCCCCAUUGAUACAAGACGUUUUGUUCUGGGAUGGGCAAUUCGUUCGGCCUGGAAUCGGCUACAAUCACGCCAACGGCAUGAGCUAUGACGGGACUCUUCUCAACCAAACAACGGGAAUAGCACCCGCUCAUGGCUUUGGACGACACAACUUUUCUGCCGCUAGUAAGGAGAGCCUGCAUGUAAUGCUACUUGCGCAAGUCCUCGCAGGUAGUAAGGAAGCGGCACGUGUGGUGUCGCCAAUUAGUCAGAAGAUGGCACAGAAAAAAGCAUACGAGAUCAUGGAUCAGAAGUUGACAACAUAUCUCGCGUUCAACGAAACAUAUCCAGGCUUCGGAGGACUGUUGCCCUGGUACAACAACACUUUCGCCCGUUUGACUCCAACAACUGACUAGGUGAAUCGUCUACCUGGUCUUGACAAUGGAAGACAAGAGAUGGCGACUGAAAUGUGGAAUUGGACGUUUUUUAGACCAGAAGACACCAAAACAAUUUGCAUUC